AAACAUGUAACAAUGAGCCAAUUCGACAAUUCGACGAUGUUCUGAAAUUAAUAGUGUAAUAACAAUAUCAAUAAUAUAAGACACUAAUAGUUUGAAAUAACACUUAUAAGAACGUUAAAAAUUAUUAAAUAUGAAUUAAUAUGAUCGAAUUAGACCUAUCGUAUUUUAAAAGGCUUCAGAUGUUAACUAUAUUAGAUCUAAUUCGUUGGCUGUUCGAUCAUCUCCACUCAAAUAAAAAUUGGAUCAAUCUUUUGAUUUAUAAGCAGAUUCAACCAAAAAUCAAACAAAUACAACAAUGAAGGACAUCAGUAAUUAUAAAAAGCUGUAUGUGAGUGAAUCAUGUUAAAAUAACAGUAAAGAAAACCAGCUCUCUGGCAAAAAUUUCUCUUUUAGAUUAGACGAAACCUCUUUUUUGAAAUAACGAAUUAAACAACUUGAAACUCAGAAUACAAAUCACAUUUCUUAAAAUAAAAAGUUAGCCCAUGUUUUGGACUAAUAAAUACAAUAGCAUUAAUAACUUUAGGAAUAAUAUUAAUAGAAAAAUUAAAUAAUAAGAAAAAUUGAAGAUGUAUAAAAAGAAAAUAAAUACUAAUUAUCAAGCAACACAGACCUCAAAUAAUUAAAUGAACAAUUAGUUUUAUCCAAAUAGGUUAUUAGUAAUUUAGAGGAGAAAAUGCAACUUAUUCUACAGGAUAAUCAAAAAUUGAGUUAAGAAAACGACAGAUUUCAGUUCCAAGAUCAACAAUUAAAAAUUUAAUUAGAUAAGUAUAAGAGCAGAUGCUCAAUUGUAGAGACCAAAUUGAAAUAAACACAGUAACAUAAAAUAAUAUUGUAGAGAUGAAUCAUAAUGCUUAGAAUUACAACGAAAAAUAAAGAAAUAGAAUGAAGAUCUUGAGUUAUUGUAUAGAGAGAACAAUGAUAUGAAAUAAUAAUUGAAUUAAAAUAAUAAUAUUAUUUAACUUCAGGAGAAAGACAAAUAAUCAUCUCAAAAUGUGUAAUAUUCAUUAUUAAUUAUAGGGACAAAUAUAGGGAAACGAUUUAAGAAUUAGAAUGUGAAAAUAAAUAUUUAUUAAAAGUUAUAGACAUUGAUUAGUAGAAGAUGAAUAACCUAGAGAACAAGCUCAAUUUAUUGACAAAGGAAAAUCAGAGAUUGACAGAUAUAGUAAAGAAUCGUCACAAAUAAUGA